GUAUCGCAUCAAACAAUUGCAAGACCAUAUCAAUGAACAUGUAUCCAAAAAAUUGCGUGGCGUGGUUGAAAAAUGUAAAUAUUUUGCGCUAUGCCUGGAUGAAAGCACUGAUCUGUCUGACAUUAGCCAUUCAAGACGACUUCAGUGUAGCAGAGGAGAUGCUUGACCUUAUUCCUCUCCACGGUACAACCAAGGGUACAGAUAUUUUUGAAGCUGUAAAUAAGUUGAUGUCAGACUACGGGGGAUUUGAUAAAUGUUCCUGUAUUGUCACUGAUGUCGCCAGAGCUAUGACAGGGACUGAAAUUGGAUUUGCAGGACUAUUGAAACAAAACAGCAUCAACUGUCCUAUGAUAUUGUAUUGUUCACCAAGAGAGCUUAUGUGGAAAAUCUUUCCGUAAAUAAAUGUCACGAAUGUGGCUGUUAAAAUAACUAAUAUUGUUAGAGGGGCAAUCGUGCUUUGAUUCACAGAAAGUUUCGUGAUUUUUUGGCCGAAGUGGAUGCUACAUACGGGGACUUGUUACUUCACACCGAUGUUCGUUGAUUAAGCGCCGCAAAGUGUUUGCAACGAUGUUUCGC